AUGUAUCUCGCCAUCUCACCAGCCCUAGCCCUGCUCUUUCUGCAAGUCCAAGCCCUACCGACAAACAAGACUCUCGAAAACUUCGUGACCCCCACAUUCAUUCCUAUUCCUUCGGGCCCGAAUUAUAAGCUUUGUACCCAGGGCUGCUGGCCCGCUGCUCUCCUCUGCUCGUUUGACAAUUGUUUCCCAUCGCCGGAAAAAGUCACACCCACCAACCAUCAGCAGAGCCCUUCAAAUGCGAGUCCCUCUUCUCGAGUGGUAUACACGUAG